AUGAAUGUUUCUUUUACCGUUCCUUUGAUAAAAUAUUUUUUCGUAUAUUUGAAAAGAUAUUUUGAAGAACAAAUUUAUCCAAGGCGCUUAGCAGUUGCUUCGUGUUAUCUUCGCGUUGUGACUUCUGAUUUACUCAGUCGCUUGCAUGAUGUCCGACGAGAAUUGUACUCUUUUGUUCAAUUACACAACAAAUUAAUAUAA